CCGGAAAUAAUUGAAUUUGCUUCACUUUUCACUGCGAGGAUGUCCUGUAACAGCAGUGUGACUCGUGUUCAUGUGUCAUCGGUGGGUCAGACACCUCGAGUGCCAGUCCAUCUAAUGCCCUGUGAGAUUGAACACAAUGGACCAGCCCAAGUCUCACAAUACCUCACUGCUACCAUGAAAGACCGCAAAUAUGAGAAAACAGUGUCAUUCAGGGGGCGUGGGCUGAAGGGGCAGGAGCUCAGCUGUCCACAGGGCUACACCGGCCUUGUGCUGAAGGAGAUCAACAAGACCGGCUCUGACCAGGAGGACAGGACAGUGAAGGUGUCCUCCGUGUUUGACAAGGUGACCUACUGGAACCUGGAGACGGCUCCCAACUCAGAUGAUACAAUUGUGAUGGCAAUGGACUGGCCUGAGCUGGCUGAGGCGAUUCACGGGCCAGUAGACGACUGAAGAAAAAGACAACUCAGAGGAGGAAGACUGGCUUCACCUCCAGUGUUUUUUGGAGUAAAAUGUUCACAGCAAAAACGGAUGAUGUAGUGUUUAUAUAUUUGUAUAUAUUCUUUUGUAGUGAAAUUAAAAAAAACGAUAAUGUUGAAUCUGUGCAUUGUGUCCAUCACUGAAACAUUACAACAUUUACAAUUUGUUACAGCUGAACAAUGUUUAUUCACAGAGUUUAACAUUUAGAUUUAGCAAACGGGCUACCAUGACAACCACUAAAUGAUCAGCUGUCCAUUACGAGUAUGCAGUGAAAAACUCUUGGGUUUGUAUGGUAACACCGAUACUUUCAGCAUGAUGAAAAAAACUGUAGAAACAACAAAAAAGUGUCAAACAGUCAUAUAGGCACAAUUUAAGCUUGAAAUAAAACAUUUUAAGAGAAGGCAGAAUUACUGCGUUACUGUUAAAAUGUUCUCCUGUCAUGCAGCAGAAAAAGUC